AUGUUUUUUUUUGUUUUAGAUAGCAAAGUUAAAGUGCCGAAGCUGAAGCGCUAUACUGUGCCCUCCCAAAAUCUUCCAAAGUGUGGUGGGAGGCGUUACAGUGCCGGACCUCCUAAAGCGGACAUGUUGGAACAGCAAAUAUUGAUGGAAGAAGCAGGUUCCAGUGGAAUGUCAUUGUAUGAAGCUGGUGCUGAGAAGAACGAGACAAAGACCGUUGGUGAUUUAACAAAUGCAGAGCAGUUGGCGGUACAAGCUGUUUGUGAUAAUCGAGCACAAAUCCGAGACAUCUUUAUUGGAUACCCUGGAUCAGUCCAUGAUAGCAGAGUAUUCAGGAAUUCACCACUAUUUCCAGUAUUGCGUGAAAACUGCCAACAGUAUUAUAUACUGGGUGAUAGUGGAUACCCAUGUACAAGACAUCUCCUAACACCAUAUAAAGAUCAUAGAAACCCGAUGGGGAUUGAAAAUAACUUCAAUUUGAAGUUAGCUAAAAAUCGAUAUGUGAUAGAGCACUGCUUUGGCCUAAUGAAGCAGAAAUGGAGACAGCUUUACCAUAUAAAAUUGAGAAAGAUUGUUGAUAUUGUACACUUUAUACAUGCAUGUUGUGUUUUGCAUAAUUUAGCUUUAAAUGAUGGCUUUCCUGAUGAAGUACAUCUUAUACCUGAUCCAGUUUUUCCACUUGUUCCAGAAACAGAUGAUGAAGCCGAAAUUUUGAAUAAUGCUGCUGCAGAUCACAGGAAUUUUGUAGCUAGGCAUAUUUUGAUGCAGUAUAAUCAGUUUUUUUUACUUGGAACUAAAUAA